AUGCCGAAGAGCCGGGGCGGCCGCGCCGCGCCGGGGCCGCUGCCGCCGAGCCGGGCCCGGCGCUGGAGCCGCUGGCGGGCCCCGGGGCGGCUGCUGCUGCUGCUGCCCGCGCUCUGCUGCCUCCCUGGAGCCGCGCGGGCGGCGGCGGCGGCGGCGGCGGCGGCGGGGGCCGGGGACCGGGCGGCGCGGGCGGCCGAGGCUGAAGCGCCCUUCGCCGGGCAGAACUGGUUAAAGUCCUAUGGCUAUCUGCUUCCCUAUGACUCCCGGGCAUCCACGUUGCACUCAGGGAAAGCCUUACAGUCCGCUGUCUCCACUAUGCAGCAGUUUUACGGGAUCCCAGUCACCGGUGUGCUGGAUCAGACAACAAUCGAGUGGAUGAAGAAACCCCGAUGUGGUGUCCCUGAUCACCCACAUUUAAGCCGUAGGCGGAGAAACAAGCGCUAUGCCCUGACGGGACAGAAGUGGAGGCAGAAACACAUCACCUACAGCAUUCACAACUACACCCCAAAGGUGGGUGAGCUAGAUACACGGAAAGCCAUUCGCCAGGCUUUUGAUGUGUGGCAGAAGGUGACCCCGCUGACCUUUGAAGAGGUGCCAUACCAUGAAAUCAAAAGUGACCGGAAGGAGGCAGACAUCAUGAUCUUCUUUGCUUCUGGCUUCCAUGGCGACAGCUCCCCGUUUGAUGGAGAAGGGGGAUUCCUGGCUCAUGCCUACUUCCCUGGCCCAGGGAUUGGUGGAGACACUCACUUUGACUCAGAUGAGCCAUGGACAUUGGGAAAUGCCAACCACGAUGGGAAUGACCUCUUCCUGGUGGCAGUGCACGAGCUGGGCCACGCGCUGGGACUGGAACACUCCAACGACCCCAGCGCCAUCAUGGCACCCUUCUACCAGUACAUGGAGACUCACAACUUCAAGCUGCCUCAGGAUGAUCUCCAGGGCAUCCAGAAGAUCUAUGGACCCCCUGCCGAGCCCCUGGAGCCCACAAGGCCCCUCCCCACGCUCCCCGUCCGCAGGAUCCACUCACCAUCGGAGAGGAAGCAUGAGCGCCAGCCCAGGCCCCCUCGGCCACCCCUGGGGGACCGGCCAUCUACACCGGGCACCAAGCCCAACAUCUGUGAUGGCAACUUCAACACAGUGGCCCUCUUCCGGGGCGAGAUGUUUGUGUUUAAGGAUCGCUGGUUCUGGCGCCUGCGCAAUAACCGGGUGCAGGAGGGCUACCCCAUGCAGAUUGAGCAGUUCUGGAAGGGCCUGCCUGCCCGCAUAGACGCAGCCUAUGAAAGGGCUGAUGGAAGAUUUGUUUUCUUCAAAGGUGACAAGUACUGGGUGUUUAAGGAGGUGACAGUGGAGCCUGGGUACCCCCACAGCCUGGGGGAGCUGGGCAGCUGUCUGCCCCGAGAAGGCAUCGACACAGCUCUGCGCUGGGAACCUGUGGGCAAGACCUACUUUUUCAAAGGCGAGCGAUAUUGGCGCUACAGUGAGGAGCGGCGUGCCACAGACCCUGGCUACCCUAAGCCCAUCACCGUGUGGAAGGGCAUCCCACAGGCUCCCCAAGGGGCCUUCAUCAGCAAGGAAGGAUAUUAUACCUACUUCUACAAGGGCCGGGACUACUGGAAAUUUGACAACCAGAAACUGAGCGUGGAGCCAGGCUACCCACGCAACAUCCUGCGUGACUGGAUGGGAUGCAACCAGAAGGAGGUGGAGCGGCGCAAGGAGCGGCGGCUGCCCCAGGAUGACGUGGACAUCAUGGUGACCAUCAACGACGUGCCAGGCUCUGUGAACGCAGUGGCUGUGGUCAUCCCCUGCAUCCUGUCCCUCUGCAUCCUGGUGCUGGUCUACACCAUCUUCCAGUUCAAGACCAAGGCAGGCCCUCAGCCUGUCACCUACUAUAAGCGGCCAGUCCAGGAGUGGGUGUGAGCAGCCCAGAGCCCUCUCUGUCCACUCGGUCUGGCCAGCCAGGCCCUUCCUCACCAGGGUCUGAGGGGCAGCUGUGGCCACUGCCCACCAGGGCCAGCAGGGCCCCAGGCCAGGGGUCAUGUAGCUGAAGUGGUGGUGCCUUGGCCUAGGCUGAGCAUGGGGCAGGGAGUGAUGGUGGCUGUGCCCCAGGGUGGGUGUCUGGCACCCAGCUGCCAGCCUUCUGUCCUGAGUAAACUGUUCCCUAGCAAGGGAAUAAGUCAGGCCCUAUAGGAAGCAGGGACCAUGCCAGGAGGAGGCCCUGUUGUCACUGCAUCAUGUGGUGUCCAUGAGGUACUACAGCUCCAUACCUGGCUGGGCCCAGCACCUUCUGUGGGAAACCAGCUCUAGCACUCUCAGCCCCAUCUGGGAGAUGCCACCAGUCCUGGUCCCCCGUUGCCAACACCUGCUGGUCAGAUGUCCCCUCACCCCCACCUCACUGUCCUCCAAGGCUACAGGACCCCUACUGCCAACACAGUGGGCAACAAGUCUGGGUUUCCCCUGCUGGCAACAGCAGAUCCCUCAGGAAACCUGCUCCACAUGUCAGGGUCUCCUCUGAGACCCAGGAUUUAGGGUCACAAGCUGCAGGCAGGGCUGUGGCCCAGCUGGGUCUGACAAGGACCCAGCUGUCACGUCGUGAAUAUUUCAAUGUCCUGUCACUAUUGUUUAAAGUCCCAUUCUGCAAAGGCUGCUUGAAGCUUUAGGUGAAUUAGAGGUGACUGUCUUGGUGAUGAGGCCAGCCCUCCCUUCCAGCGAUAAGGACAAAGGUGCUGCUAAGGCCACUCUAGUGCCCAGACACCCAGGAGCUGGGCCCUGCUUAUGAGGCUAAAGGGCUGGAGCAGGAGCUAACCUCACCUCUGGAGGCUGAUCUGAGUUUUUAACCAUCCUUACUGCCCCAUCCCUCUCCCCAUUCCCCUACUCCCCAGCCCUGCUCCAGCCUGUGACUUGUGGCCUAGGGGCUCAGCCUGACUAGUUAGGUGAGACAGAAAUGGCUCCAGGCCAGCACUCUCAUGGCCUUGGGGUAAGGGCCCAGGGCAGCCUUCUGAAGUGCUGAGCCCAUGCUCUGAGACUACAGCUGAGACGGACUCAAUCUCUCAGCCCAGAAGCAGUGUUUAUACCAUGAGUUUGGCCCUCACUAACCCAGCUCACUGGGCCCUUCUUCCUGCACUGCUUCUUGAGAAAGGGCACCAGCAACUGGUAGCAGCCCCAAGCCUAGGGGCCUGCCCUUCACUGUCUCCAGCAGGAAUGCUGAGGGCUUGGCUUGCCUCACUCCAGCCCAGUAACAGGCAGCCCUGCAUGUCACUGAGGAGCUGUAGGCAAGACCAAUGGGUUCAGCGAUGUCCACUGGCUCUCUGCCAAAUCCAAGGGGAGGUGUCAGUCUUCAGGUGUUACCAGGGCCUGAGAUGCCACCCUGGGCCUUGCCUCCACCCUGUGGCCUCUGGGCUUUGGGUCCGCUUAACCUGUAGCAGACAGGGACUCCUGCUGCCCUGGGAGCUGUCUCAAGCAAAAUCGCUCUUGUCCCAGAGGCACCUACAUGGGUCCACUGUGUUCCCUGUCAUCAUCCUUGUUUUUUUCUCAUUUUGGCCAAGGGCGGGCUCCCUGGGGCGGGUGGGCAACAACUGCAGAGAUAUUAGUGAUUCAUAGGUUUGUACAGUGUUUUAU